GAAGGCCGAAGAGAGAGGUGUUUUUGGAAUCAUGGCGAGUUUACUGGAGAACCCUGUCCAGGCGGUGCUAUAUUUGAAGGAACUGACGGCUAUCGUUCAGAACCAGCAGAGCCUUAUCCAGACCCAGCGGCACCGCAUCGACCUCCUCGAACGCAAGCUGGAUGAACUGGUGGUUGAGAACAAGGAGCUGCGGGAGACGGGUCAGCUUCAGCAUCAUCAUCCCCCACACCAUCACCAAGCGCAGCCACCAUGCCAGCUACCCCCGGCCGAGCCACCCUCAGCUCCCCAGCAAGAGAUGCAGCUUGUGCCGGCUUCCACUGUCUCGCCCAGCUCUGAGGAUUCGUCGGAGGACACGGAUCGUCGGACAAGCUGCAAGGCACUGGUCCCUCAGACGCCCUCGACCCUCACCCGGGCACACGCACGGGGCGCGCACAAAUCAGAGAGUGAGACGGUGCUGCAUCAGUUCUGCUGCCCCGCCCCCGAGGCUCCAGAGAGGGAGGCCAUCUGCUGCUCAGAGAGCCCUGCACUACCGCCCUCUGCAGGAAAGGAGGAAGAGGAAGAUGCGGGACAGAAGGAAGCUAAGGAUUCCAACAGCCAACCAGAGGAGACGGUGUGCGGCCAUCCUAGCCAGUCACAGAUUGAGGAGCUGGAGCGUAAGUACGGCGGUCCCCUUAUCGCCCGCCGGGCGGCCCGCAAGAUCCAGACGGCGUUCCGGCAGUACCAGCUGAGCCGCAACUACGAGAAGAUCCGCACCUCCAUGUCGGAGCGCCGCGAGCCGCGCCGGAUGUCCGUGCGGCGCGUGAGGAUGCCGAGGGACGGCUUCUCGGCCGAGCAGGCGCUCAUGGAAGGGUGUAAGCUCAUGGGGAUACCUCUGUCGCACUCCGCGUCCGCCCCGUCAUGCACCGCCGGCACGCUGACUAAUCUGGAGGACACCUUCACAGAACAGGUGGAGUCGCUGGCGCGCUCCAUAGACGAGGCGCUGAGCACCUGGUCUACUAUCCGGCCCGAGGGGGCCCAGCCUGGGGAGGAGGAGGAGGGGGUCAUCAUUGGUGGUGCAGCAGCAGCAGGGGCCGUCGGAGAUGAACCAGGGGCCUCGGCGGACGCCGCUGCCCCAGGGGCCUCCUCCACCCGUAGGGGGUCAGACAGGGGCAGCCUGCUGGUGGACCCGGACACCAUCCGGGCCGCGUGCGGUGAGAACAUCCCCCGCAGCGCCAGCAAGCUGAUGUUGGCCUUCCGCGACGUGACGGUGCAGAUCGACAACCGCAACUACCGGCUGUCGUCCUCCGCCGUGCUGGAGUCGGUGGCCCUGGGCAGCAACGGCCAACCGGACAUGGGCGCCGGCACCACCACCAUCACCAUCGGGGCCCCCCACCAUCCGCCACCCCCACCGGAUGCCAUGGCGCAGCAGCAGCAGUAGCAGCAGCAGGAGCUGGGGGCAACCAGUCAAACACGAGGGGUAGGGGUGGCGGCGGGGCCGGGGCCGGGAGCGGGAGGAGCGGUGGAGAACAACAGCUCGGAGGGGGUGAGUGGCAGCAGCACCUCCACGUCCACUGGCCAAUCAAUGUACAACGAGACCAUGACGCUGUCUUUGCCCCGCCCACCGCACUGCCAGGACGCUGGAUCCACGUGCGGGACGCUGUCCACUGACACGGGCAGGAAGAGGCUCUACAGGAUCGGACUCAACCUCUUCAACCUAAACCCGGACAAAGGCAUUGACUUCCUGGUGUCGCGAGGCUUCAUCCCGGACACGCCCAUAGGUGUGGCCCACUUCCUGUUGCAAAGGAAGGGCCUCAGCCGACAGAUGAUCGGAGAGUUCCUUGGCAACGCCAAGAAGCAGUUCAACAGAGACGUUCUAGACUGUGUGGUGGAUGAGAUGGACUUCUCGGGGCUGGAGCUGGACGAGGCUCUGAGGAAGUUCCAGGCUCAUAUCCGCGUCCAGGGAGAGGCACAGAAAGUGGAGAGACUCAUCGAGGCAUUCAGUCAGAGGUACUGUAUGUGCAACCCUGACGUGGUUCAGCAGUUCCACAACCCGGACACCAUCUUCAUCCUGGCCUUUGCGGUGGUGCUGCUCAACACGGACAUGUACAGCCCCAACAUCAAGCCCGAGAGGAAGAUGCUGCUGGAGGACUUCAUACGGAACCUUCGCGGUGUGGAUGACGGAGCGGAUAUUCCCCGCGAGAUGGUGGCCGGCAUUUACGAGCGCAUCCAGCAGAGGGAGCUGCGCUCCAACGAGGACCACGUCACCUACGUCAGCCGCGUGGAGCAGAGCAUCCUGGGAAUGAAAACAAUCCUGGCAGUGCCCCACAGGAGGCUGGUGUGCUGCAGUCGUCUGUACGAGGUGACAGAUGUCAACAAGGCCCAGAAGCAGGCCUCACACCAGAGGGAGGUCUUCCUCUUCAAUGACCUCCUCGUGAUCCUGAAGCUGUGUCCUAAGAAGAAGAGUGCGGCCACAUACACCUUCUGUAAAGCCAUGGGCUUACUCGGCAUGCAGUUCCACCUCUUUGAAAAUGAGUACUACCCGCAUGGCAUCACGGUGCUGUCCCCAUUCUGCUCGGAGAAGAGGCAGGUGGUGAGUUUCAGCGCCCCCAACGCUGACGAGCUGCUCAAGUUCGUGGAGGACCUGAGGGAAAGCAUCUCGGAGGUGGCCGAGAUGGAGAACAUACGCAUUGAGUGGGAGCUAGAGAGGCAACAGGGAAUAAGAAGUCAGCCAGUCAAAUCGAACCAAACUCAGAUGGAAAUACACACUGGGCAAGGCACCCCUACUGGGAAUCACGAGUACUAUGAGAAGAGCGGAAACAACACCGUGGAGGUGUCAAUUCACAACAGGCUCCAAACGUACCAGCUGGCCUCACAGCCGAGCAGCCUGAGCACGCCGCCGACCCCCAUCGCCGGCGUUCAUCCCCUGGCCGUCCUGCCUAGCGGCCACCCCGGGGUCACCGCCCACCACAUCACCCCCAUCAGCGCCCACCACUCCGCCGUCCUGCCCCCCCUCUCCCCCCUGGACACGCUCAUCCAGUGCCAGCAGAUCGUCAAGGUCAUCGUGGUGGACUCCACGGGCCGAGGUCGCGUGGAGGCCUUCCUCAGCCAGAGCCCCGCCCAUCGCCUCAUCCAGUCGGCCGACUCCACCCCCAUACGCAGCAUCCGGGACGCGGGGGGCGACGGGAAGGGAGGGAGUAACCCGCCGCUCCCUCCGCCUCCCCCGCCCUACCACGGCCCGCACCAGUACUGCCCCCCCACGCCCCCGCCUCAGCAGCAUCACCUGCUCAGCAGACACAGGUACUCCACAGGGACCCGGAGCCGCGUGUAG